UCUCACACAAAAAAGUUCGAGCCCAUUUUCAUUUUACAUCCUCGUGUGCAGAACCGCCCGACUGAAUCUCCAAUUCCUCCCUCCGUCGGCAACACAAUCAAAAUGGCGAUCACCAAGAACGUCCACUCCUCGAGGCGGAAGUCUCGCAAGGCGCAUUUCUCUGCUCCUUCGAGCGUGCGCCGAGUUAUCAUGAGCGCGCCGUUGAGCAAGGAGCUCCGGGAGAAGUACAACGUCCGCAGCAUCCCCGUCCGGAAGGGUGACGAGGUCCAGGUUGUCCGAGGCCUCAACAAGGACAAGGAGGGCAAGGUCCUCUCGGUCUACCGCCUCAAGUAUGUUAUCCACAUCGAGCGGGUCACACGCGAGAAGGUUUCCGGCGCGAGCGUCCCCAUCGGCAUCCACCCCAGCAAGGUCGUCAUCACCAAGCUCAAGCUCGACAAGGACCGCGAGGACAUCCUGGAGCGCAUCAAGAUCGGCCGUGAGCAGGCGUCCAAGGGCAAGUCGAAGGCCUAGAUGUCCGGUGCUGGAAUUGGUUAGGGAUGGGAGUCGUUUUUUUUUUCGCCCAUGGACGAAUUCGACGACAUAAAAUACGCGACCUUCACACCGAGAGUCCGUCGGCUCUGGCGUCCUUUGCGGGUAUCUAUAUGCAUUCGGCCGGUGUCUCCAUACGACGAGACGGCAUGGGUUACGGUCGGAAUAGAUGCAGAAAACAAGGAAAUGAGACACUGUCGUGCUCAAUGGCCAUUUCACAAUGCCUGCGUCUUUUUUGCUGCGCUGUGAAAUGUUCCAUGGGAGGUUCUCCCGAAGUUCACUUCACUCAGCCGACAUGAUCGGAGGAGUGCCCAUAUCCAUCCUGAUUGCUACAGUGAUUUGUUUGUCGACUAACUCUACACAGCUGCGGAUCCGAAACAGAUCCAGGUACCAGGGGGCUCAAGAUCCAAACGGAUCUAUCUUCUCAUGGAAGUAAAUCACCGCUAGAUAUCUCCGCGUC